AUGGCUCCUGCAGAAAUUGACGACUCUGAGACUGCCAAAAAUCCUAUGUUGGACUUUACAGGCAGUUUUGUUCAGAUUAUUGAUGGAAAACCCUCCACAACAAAGGAAACUCGUCAUGGCGUCAACCCGGCCAAUAUGCAGCCAAAAGAAGAGGUUCCCGUCGCGACGCAGGACGACCUUGAUUGUGCCGUUGAUGCGGCUCGAAAAGCUUUCAGAACUUGGUCCAAAGUGCCAUACGAAGACCGCCGCGCCGCUGUCCUUGCUUUUGCGGACGCCGUAGAGAAAGUCAAGACGGCUUUCAGAGACCUCCUCGUAUCCGAGCAGGGGAAGCCUAUCCCUCAAGCUGAUGUGGAAACCGAUUUUACCAUUGGAUUGAUUCGAGAGCUUGCGCAUAUCGAGCUUCCAGAAGAGGUAAUCGAAGACGACGACAAGCGGACGGUCAUCACACGCUACGUCCCGAUUGGCGUCGUUGGCGCUAUUAUUCCGUGGAACUUUCCAUUUCUAUUGGCGGCUAGCAAGCUCAUCCCGGCUUUGUUGACGGGGAACGUGGCCAUUCUCAAACCUUCUCCAUUUACUCCCUAUUGCGGACUCAAACUCGUCGAGCUGGCUCAGGGGUUCUUCCCGCCCGGAGUCGCGCAGUCAUUGAGCGGAGAUGACAGGCUUGGCCCGUGGUUGACAAGUCACCCGGGCAUCGACAAGAUCAGCUUCACAGGAUCUUCGACAACUGGAAAACUAGUUCUUCAGAGUGCGGCAAAAACUCUGAAGCGAGUUACCCUCGAGCUAGGUGGCAACGACCCUGCUAUUAUAUUCCCCGAUGUUGACGUGGAUAAGGUUGCAGAGAAAGUCGCCUUCUAUUCCUUCCUUAACUCGGGCCAGAUCUGCAUUGCCUUGAAACGCAUCUAUGUCCAUGAGUCUAUUUACGAACAGUUCAGAAAUGCCGUGGUCAAGCAAGUCAAAGCCUAUACUCUGGGGGAUGGAUUUCAAGAAGGGAUCAGCCAUGGGCCCCUGCAGAAUUCUAUGCAAUACGAAAAAGUGAAGACAUUUUUCAAAGACAUCGAAAAAGAGGGCUGGAAGGUUGCUGUAGGCGGCAAGAUUGAUCCCUCUCCGGGGUACUUCAUCACUCCAACGGUAAUUGACAGGCCGCCGGACAGUUCUCGCAUCGUGGUUGAGGAGCCUUUUGGCCCAAUUGUCCCCCUUCUGUCCUGGAAGGAUGUAGACGACGUCAUUGCUCGAGCCAACGAUUCUCUCAUGGGACUAGGAGCUUCUGUAUGGUGCAACGACCUUAAGAAGGCUGAAAGGGUUGCGAGGAGGAUCCAAGCCGGAAGCGUGUGGGUUAAUACUCACUUCGAUCUCUCCCCUAUGGCACCUUUCGGCGGGCACAAGGAGAGUGGCUUGGGAGUCGAAUGGGGGAAGAAUGGUUUGAAGGAACUAUGCAAUGUGCAGACCCUCUUUCUGAACAAACAUGUUGUUGCUUGA